UGAAAAUGGGACAGAGGAAGCAAUAACUAUGCUUCAAUCAUUUAGACUCUCCCAAUAAAAAAUGGCAUCAAUAGACACUACUAGUUACUACUACUAACUACCACAGUUUGUACAAAUAAUUGAUCAUCUUCAAAAUUUCAGUCAUCCACAGACGAUAAAUGGAGUUAAAUGGCAAUAUUAUGAUGGAAAAAUCAACAAUCUACAGUCUUGAAACUUCAUUGUUACCUCAUAAGGUAGACGCCCAAAGAGAGGAUGAUCUUGUUGAACAACAUGCAUCAGAAGUUGAAUUCUUUUCCAUGUCUUCCGUUAUUUUGCCGUUUCUAUUUCCUGCAUUAGGUGGGUUACUAUUUGGAUAUGACAUUGGUGCUACCUCUGGAGCUUCCAUAGCAUUACAGUCUGCUGAGCUUAGUGGUACAACAUGGUUCAAUCUUUCAGCAGUUCAACAGGGUUUGGUGGUCAGUGGCUCGCUUUAUGGAGCUUUUUUUGGUUCUAUCUUUGUCUUUCCGGUAGCUGAUUUCCUUGGAAGAAGGCGAGAACUUGUCAUAGCUGCUAUAUUUUAUGCAAUAGGUGGCCUUACUACUGCAUUUGCUCCCGAUCUUAGUGUUCUUUUGGUUGGGAGGUUUCUGUAUGGCAUAGGCAUUGGUUGGGCUAUGCAUUCCGCUCCUCUUUACAUUGCAGAAACUUGCCCGUUUCAGAUUCGGGGAACUCUGAUUUCAUUGAAAGAACUCCUUGUUGUUCUUGGCAUCUUGUUGGGUUAUUUUGUUGGUAGCUUCAAGAUCAAUGUGGUUGGGGGCUGGCGUUACAUGUUUGGGAUGAGUGUUCCACUUGCUUCUGUUAUGGGUCUUGGGAUGUUAUGUCUUCCUCCUUCACCUCAUUGGUUGCUUCUUAGAGCUGUUCAGUGUGAAGGAUCUUUACCAGAGUACAAGGAGCAAGCGAUUGCUUCUCUGAGCAGACUCCGCGGAAAACAUGUAGGUGACAAGGUGUCUAAAACGAAAAUUGAAGACACAAUAGUAUCAGUAAAGGCUGCUUACCAAGAUCAGGCGGCAAGCUUUUUAGAGGUGUUUCAAGGUCGUAAUCUAAGAGCUUUUAUAAUUGGAGGAGGCCUCGUACUUUUUCAGCAGAUAACUGGGCAGCCUAGUGUUUUGUAUUAUGCUGGUCAAAUCCUACAGAAAGCAGGAUUUUCUGCUGCAACCGAUGCUACUCGAGUUUCAGUGUUGAUUGGCCUUUUUAAGUUUAUGAUGACAGGAGUUGCUGUUCUCAAAGUCGAUGACAUUGGAAGGAAACCCUUAUUGAUAGGAGGUGUUAGUGGGAUUGCUGUAUCCAUGUUCGUCCUUGCCGCUUACUACAAAUUUCUAGGAGGCCUCUCAUCUGUUGCAGUAGGGGCGUUGCUUGUAUACGUUGGUAGCUAUCAGAUAUCGUUUGGACCCAUCAGCUGGCUAAUGGUAUCCGAGAUAUUCCCCCUUCGCACAAGAGGACGAGGAAUCAGUCUUGCGGUUUUAACAAAUUUUGGCUCAAAUGCUCUUGUGACCUUUUCUUACUCACCAUUAAAGGAGCUGUUGGGGGCAGGUAAUCUUUUCCUUGUAUUCGGAGCUAUUUCUUUGCUGGCCCUUGUAUUUGUAUUGACGUUGGUCCCAGAAACCAAAGGCUUAAGUCUGGAAAAAAUCGAGGCUAAACUAGCAGAAUCAGAUUUGAUUCAUAUGUUGCAAGAUGAGAACUGUCUUAAGCCCUCUAUCUCUGUAUAAUACAAUUUUAAAUCAAUAUAUUGUUAAUAAAUAAGCAUUGCCAA